AUGGGCUUGGACCGGGCCUUGAGCAUCUUGCUGCGUGCGGAUCCUGUGCAGCUUCUCUCCUCGCAGACGAACAUGGGUGACACUGCCCUUCACCUAGCCUGUCACCGGCGGCGGAGACGAACCAUCCAAGACUUGCUGGAAGCCAAGGCGGAUUGCAAUGCCAAGAACGGCAAGGGCCGAAGCGCCUUGCAUGUCGUGUCGCGGAUCCCGUGCUACAGCAGCUCUGAGAAGGAUGAGCUGGCCUGCAUCAUGCAAACGCUCCUAGACGCCACAGGAAAUCCAGCCGCUCCGGAGAACAAUGGUGACUCGCCAUUGCAUCAGGCCAUCCUCCACGAUCACCAGAAAAUGGUCGACGCCUUGCUGGCGGCCAAAGCAGAAGCCAACAUCAAAGGCUGUUCGGGGAACUCGGCGUUGCACAUGGCCGCGCACAAGGGGCUCACGGCCAUGGCACAAAGGCUCUUGGAUUCCAAAGCGGACCCUGCCGUGCUGAACGAUGAUGGCAAAACUGCCCUCCAACAUGCGCGCGCCAAGAAGUUCAAGGCGGUCGCCCAGGUCAUCGAGGGCAGCUACUUCCACACAACGUCCAGAAAGCCGAUGCCGGGGGCACAGCCUGCAGAGCUUGCGUACGAUGGGAGUGCUGGCGAAGGGCAAGGUGCAGAAGAUCCAGGCCCCGCGGAGGUGGUGUUUCAGACCAGUCCGGCCUUUGCGCUGAGAAGCGCCUUCAUCCUCACAAACAGCAAGUACUCGGAGCACGAGACAGGGCUCCCAGAUCUCCCGAACACGGCUGAGCCAGGUCGCAUGCUCCAAGAAGCCUUGUUGAUGUCGGGUUUCAAGGUCACUUUGUGCGAAGAUGUCACCGAAGACGAGUUCUGGAAGAAGCUGCAGGAGCUGGAGCAAUACCUGAAGAUUUCGGCUGAGCACCUGGUGGUUUUUUACUACGCGGGCCAUGGCCGUGAGUCUCAUGGCGACCUGGAGAUGCUGAUGCUAGAGGGGCGGGUCUCCUUCUCGCAGGUGCGGGGGCGAUUGCUGGGCCCCAAGGUGGCGCUGCUCGCCGUGCCCGACUGCUGCCGUGAGAACGCCCUGGACAGCACCUUCCGCGCGACACCCGCGAAGGCGGCGGCACUCCCCAUGCAAACUCUGCCCGCAGCACCGGUGGCGGAGUCACGGCGUGGGAACUUCUACGUUGUGUGGGCAGGGGACAGGGGCACCUGCAUCAGCGACAGCCAGGAGGACAGCCUGGGGCAGCAGAUUGCGGGCAGCCUUACUUCCCUCAGCGGCAAGUCGCUGGAGGAGGUGUUGAAGCAAGCCUCUGAGCAGGUGACGCUUCGCCGGGUGAGUUGUGCAGAGCUGCAGCGGCCCUGGAGUGAGCGUGGCAUUGGGCAGGAUGUGGGGCCGAGGGUCUUGCGGCCCGUGCUUUGCCCAAGGUGCGAGCAGUUGCGAAGGGAUGCUGGGAGCGGCUCACAGAGAGUGCUACCGGCCGAGAGCUUCGAGAGGCUCCUGCGAAACCCUUGCGACAGCUUCGGGCGGUGCGCGCUCGCGGCGCUCAACACCCUGGAGAAGCACUUCUGGAAGACGUCCCAGGAUUCGCGAUGGGGCCCGCUGAGCGCAUACUUCUGCGCCGCAGUGCGAGCAAAUGAGGUUCCGGUGCUUCAGUACAUGGCCCAUCUCCAUCCCGAGCUGCUUGGCUCACAUGGCUUCGACGUCUUUGACCAUGUCAGCAACCAGGGCGCGGGGAGGCCCUCCCCGUGCGCCUUGCGCAGGACACCGGUGCUGGCCGUGGCAGUCCACGCCCUGGCGCUGGGAAGCGCCUCAGGUGCUCUGAGCUUUCUGCUGCAGGCGAGAGCCGACGUGAAUGCCAGUGACAGGGAGGGAUGGACGGCGCUGCAACUUGCCAGCUAUCUUGGACAUCGUGCCUCACUGGAGGUUCUGUUGCGCGCACGCAAGGAGGUGAGGGACGUGAAGCUGUGGAGCCUGAAGCCUGUGCAACUUGCUGCUGCGCAGGGUCAUCAGGAUUGUCUGGAGCUCUUGCUGGAGAAGCGUGCUUCAGCAGAAACGGCCCCAGCCGGCUGGAUGAUGAGCACCAUGCCACGGGUAGCUCAUGCGGACCCAAAGAAGGUCUGGUACCAGCAGAUUAUUCUUGAGAGGCUUGGGAAAAGUGCUUGUAAGAAGCCUCUGGGAGGCCUUUCUGCCUUGCACUUGGCAGCACUCGGCGGCUAUUCUGGCUGCGUGCGUGCCCUGCUGCAAGCUGCUGGGGACCCAAACACUUUCACAGAGCAAGGGGCAUCCCCGUUGCAGCUCUGCGUUAAAAAGUGGUCACAAAACGAGGCUGGCCAUGCGCCGUUCAGCAACUCUCCCGAUUUUCAGGGUGUGUGGGACGCAUUGCUCGAGGCGGGCGCUUCUGAUCAGCCCAGCUCAGGACAUGACACCGCGCUGCACUCUCUGGCGUUUCACUGGAGCAGCAUCUGUCCAGAGAAGACCCGAGCAGUGGGUGCCAGGCUCAUUGAUGCAGGAUCUCGGCUCGAUGCGCGCGGCUCCUCUGGAGGUACCCCGCUGCACUUCGCAGUAAAUGGCCGGAACUGGGCCAUGUGCUGCCUGCUGCUGGAGCGGCGAGCAGAUCCAUCCCUGAAAAACGAUGCGGGUCGUUGUGUUUGGGACUUGCCCAUCUUGGAAGACCCGGGCAAAUGGCCCAAUGCAGACGGACUGACUUGCCGGACGUUCUUAUCGAGUUUGAGGCAUUGA